CCAGACCCAGCUCCGAGGCACAAUACGCGGGGAAUGCAGCGGUAACAUCCCGCAAGUUUUUUGGAUCUCUAACGCGCAGCGAGAAAGUCCGAAUUCAAAGAUUUAGAUCUCUGUGGGCUACCUGCAUGACUGUUACCAUGACAGCAUCUGGAGCCCAACUCCUCCUGUUGGCCUUGUGUGUUUACAGAGGCUCGGCCCUUCAGCAGUCUGCUCCGCGGGUUCGCCUCUCCUUCAAAGAACUGAUGGACACAAAAGCUGCUCGGCCCUUCAGCUUCUCCUUCAACACCAGCGAUUAUCGCAUCCUGCUGAUGGAUCAGGAUCAGGGCCGUCUGUACCUGGGCAGCAGGGAGUACCUGGUGGCUCUGGACAUGCAGAAUGUCAACAAGGAGCCUCUUAUAAUCCACUGGCCGGCGUCUGCGAAGAGAAAGGGGGAAUGUCAGAUGACGGGAAAGGGAAGACAGGGUGAAUGUGCCAACUUUGUGCGCCUCAUAGAGCCGUGGAACCGCACCCACCUCUACACCUGUGGGACGGGGGCGUACCAGCCGAUCUGCACAUUCAUCAACCGAGGCUGGAGGGCAGAGGACUACCUGUUUAGGCUGGUCCCUGGGUAUAUGGAUUCAGGGAAGGGGAAAUGUUCUUACGAUCCCAAACAGGAGAGCGUUGCAGUUCUACUCGAUGGUAAUCUAUACGCAGGUGUCCAUAUUGACUUCAUGAGUACAGAUGCUGCUCUGUUUAGGACCAUGGGAGGCAGAACAGCCAUCAGGACAGAGCAGUAUGACUCCAGGUGGCUCAACGAGCCGGUGUUUGUUCAGAUCCAGCAGAUCCCUGACAGUGCAGAAAGGAACGACGAUAAACUUUACUUUUUCUUCCGUGAGAAGACCCUGGACUCGAGCGGCGGGGCGAGCCCCAGUGUCUUAGCCCGGGUGGGGAGAGUGUGUCUGAAUGAUGAAGGAGGGCAGAAGUCCCUGGUGAACCGCUGGACGACGUUCCUGAAGGCUCGUCUUAUCUGCUCUGUGAUUGGAGAAGACGGAGUGGAGACACGAUUUGAUGAACUACGGGAUGUGUUUAUCCAGCCAACACAGGAUGAACGAAAUCCGACGGUGUAUGCUCUCUUCACUACAGCUGGCUCUGUGUUCAAGGGCUCAGCCGUGUGUGUGUACUCGAUGGCUGAUAUCCGUAAUGUCUUCAAUGGACCGUUUGCCCACAAACAUGGUCAUAAUUAUCAGUGGACAGAGUACACUGGCAAGAUUCCCUACCCUCGGCCUGGAACUUGUCCAGGAGGAACCUUCACCCCUGGCAUCCGCUCCUCCAAGAACUUUUCAGACGAGGCCGUGAAUUUCAUCAGAGCCCAUCCACUCAUGUACCAUCCAGUUUAUCCCAUCCACCGCCGCCCCCUGGUGGUGAGAACCGGCGUGGACUACCGCUUCACAGCAAUGGUGGUGGACCAGGUGGAUGCUGUGGACGCACGCUAUGAGGUGUUAUUCCUGGGGACAGAUCGGGGAACGGUUCAGAAAGUUAUCGUUCUGCCAAAAGACCCCACAAGCAUGGAGGAGCUGACACUGGAGGAAGUGGAGGUUUUCCGGAGCAGAGCUCCGGUCAAAACCAUGAAGAUCUCCUCUAAAAGACAACAGCUGUACGUGUCAUCAGAUGCGGGGCUGACCCAGGUGUCGCUGCACCGCUGUGGUGUGUACGGCAGAGCCUGCUCCGACUGCUGCCUGGCCCGAGACCCCUACUGUGCCUGGGACGGAGAGAGCUGCUCCGCCUUCACCCCGUCCACCAAGAGGAGGAGCAGGAGACAGGAUGUGAAACACGGUGACCCACUGAGGCAGUGCAGAGGCUUUAACGCAAAAGUGGAAAAACGUCUGAGAGAAACGGUGCAAUUUGGGGUGGAGGGCAGCAGCACCUUCUUGGAGUGUCAGCCUCGCUCUCCUCAGGCCACCGUCAAGUGGCUCUUCCAGAGAGACGGGAAGAGGAAAGUGCUUAACCGUCUGGGAGGUCUUCUCAAAACCAACCAUGGCAUCCUCCUGAAGUCUCUCAACCAAUCAGACGCAGGGCUCUACCACUGCCUUGCCACCGAGAACAACUUCAAACACACGGUGGCCCGUGUGGCGCUGCGCAUCCUGGACCGAGACAUCGUCUUAGCUCUCACCGCUCAAGACGAGGACGAAGAGCCCAAACUACGUCACGUGGGACCUUACUCACAGUCACCCCUCAGCUCCACGCCCUUCCCACCUGAGAUCAGACUGAUUAACCAGUACUGCCAGUCCUACUGGGAACAGCUUAACCCCAAACAGCAGCAGCAGCGUAAACGCACAAGCCGCAGACACACAGAGAGCCAGGACCAAGGCCUCGGCUAGAGGACGGAACUCACCGUGUCCAGCACUGGCCUGUCUGGACUUUUAGUGGACUUUUAUGUUUAACAGCAUGUUUGUGCAGCACUUCUGUUCAUUAGGCAGGUGAUGCUGUCAUGCUGUUGUUUUAGUACCAUGCAGGUGGUUUUGCAAGUUUCUGCCUAUAAAACACAAGUUGUGAAUAUUUUAGAUUAUAAAAAACACGGUAUGUUUUUAAAGUGAUGGUCAAUCUUUAAGACACCUGCUCAUGUACAAAGUUAAAAUCAAGCUGACUUUGAGACUGGAUACUUGCACCAAUCGUAGGGAUUAUUAUAAAACCUUAUCUGAUGUUAUGUUCAGGAACGCAUGGGCAAUCGUAAUAUCUCUCACUUGCAGCAGAAUUGGUGCCUUUAGUGCAAAAAAAACAAAGGAUAAAAAUCAUUAUGAAUGGCACUCUUGUCUGAAAAAUAUGCAUGACAGCAAAGAUUUCAGCUGCUGAUUUUAUGACAUACCAUGAGGUGUUUUAAACUGGAUGUGAAACAGACUGACAGAAAUUCUAACAUCUCACGUUAGCUAUAAAAGCAAACAAGACGGGCCUGAAACUUCUGCUGGGGUAGACACCAGAAGAGGUGAUAAACAGGAUGUAGACCAAAAGAGAGUUUGUUUACAAUUUCCCCAGCAAGGUUUCACAGUGAGUGUUGUGUUUGCCAUUUAAAAAGAGGAAGGGUAAGACAGUUUGGUGGAGAAUAUCACGCACACACGUACAGGAAAUGUAUCUCUUUAUCCAAGGAGCUGCCUAAAUAGACACAAACUAAAAGGUUCUCACGCUUGCUUUAAAUGUUACAUUUCCCACAGUCCUUGAAUGCACCAAUAAGGGCUUUCUAAUGACUACAGGGUUACCAUCUCGUAAGCACAAUGUUACUGUGUUGAUAAUAAAAAACAACUGCUCUUUGUACUGGAUCUCAUAUUUUAUGUUACAUCUUUAAACAGACUGUGAUGUUCAGUCAUACAGUGUAGUUGAUAGGCUCGACGUGCAAAACCACAGGUGUUGUACUUUAAAGUAUCUUGAAACAGAAAUGUAAUAUAUUGAUUGUGAAUAUAAUAUAUAUGGUCAUUGGAUUACUCUUGUAUUGUAUGAAGAUAUGAUAUAAAUGCAUAUGUUGCAUGCAUUUCUGUCGUUGUUUGUGGCAAGUUGUACAUUUUACUGUUUUGGACUGUGGUGUGUUAUGAUGUUUGUAAGGUGUAAUGUGUUCUGCUAAGCUAAUUCCAGUGGAUGUUGUCAUAUAAUGACUCCCAUACUGCCCUGUGCUCUAGUGACCUCCUGUAUGUGAGUGUUAAAGAUUUGUAUAGCGUACAGUGUUCUUCCAGUUAUGCACUUUGUUGGUGUUGGGAUUUGAGGGAAAUGGGGUCUUUGCACAGAUGUAUGAGAAAAUGAUACCAGAACAUAAUGUUUUUUUUAUGUACAGUAUGUUAUAAAAAUGGGAAUGAAUAUGGAUCCGAUUUAGUAUUGAUUGUUGGUGUUCUGUCAUAAGCUGUAUUUACAGGAUUUUUAAAAAAUGGCUCUUUUUAAGGAAGCACAAGAGACAAGUUAUUUCCAGUCAGAGCCUCUGUUCACCUUCAUUGCGAGUAACACAGUGCUGUUAUAAUAAUGAAUCCUACACUGGAAAUGUUCAAAACAGUAUAUAAACAUUUCAGAAUUCUCUUAAA